AUGAAGUUCCUCAGUGUUAUUCUUGUCACCGCCCUGGCUGCUUUCAGCAGCGCCGCAGUCAUCGAGGAGCGCGCAUGCGCACCUGGGAGCGACACUAAUCGAAUCAUUUUAGCCGGCGUUCUCUGCGGUUCCAACACUCAGUGCUGUAACGGCAGCUGCCCUGGAAACGCUUACAGCAAGGUUCGCAAAUGCACUUAG